CUAGACUUUUGGGCAGGUGUUAUUUUUUUGUUUGCAGCAAGUGUUCAGUCAAAAGAAUAUUAGCAUACUUGAGGUAGCCAUUUAAGGGGAGAGUGUGUGAAUUUCAAUGAGGUAGGCUAAAUGUAAAUAGGAACUUGUGAAUAAAAGGUUUCCAAUUUAGUUGACUUAAAUAACAGAGUACAAGCUGGAAGCAGGUCAGCUGUACAGUGAACAACUUACUUGUGGCAUAUGCUACUAUAUUGCGAGGCAUAUUUGGAAUUUUGGACCCACUAAGCACAUGCAGGGAUCUGUUUAUUGUAACAUGCUUGACUUUGUAGAAUCUACCUUUGGAUCUAGCUUUAUAUGCAUAGGCAGUUGGUUUAUGAACAGAAUCUGAUAGACACAGAGAAAUAUGUGCAGUUUCUUCAAUACAGAGUUAAUAUAUUGGCACAGAUUCUAUGCAGAAUUUCCUAUAAGGAUUCAUUGCAGUGAAUUGGAAAAAACAAUAGUGUCCUGAAUUUAGGUGAUGGUUUUCACUGAAGUAGUGGCAGUUGUCAUGAGAGAAUGGCUUCACCCUGAGUAACACUAAAAGUCAGCAUCUGGAGCAUCUUGUAUUGACGACCUUCAAGGCAAACAUCGAGCUGUAUUACCACCAGUUUGCACAGAUGACAUCAUAUUCGACCUAAAUUUUGAUGAACUGCCCAAUACAAUAUCUGAAACAGAUAAAGGGUAAAAUUUAACCUUAACAUUGAAUUGAUCUGUUAUCUGGUGCAUUGUUUAAUUAGAGGGGUGUGUACUGUACAUGUAUUUGUGGGGCACAGUAUCAGGUACUUCCCAUUGGAGGUUGAAGCUGGUACCAGUCACUGGUGAAUAGUAGGUUUUAGAAGGGGGUGUGGCACAUGGAAAGGAACAUAAUUUGUAUUGCACAGAAGGGGAAUCACAUUUGAAACUGCUUAAAACAUGGAUAACACCCACAGCAGAUUUUGACAGAAGUAAAUAUGGAUAUUAAACCCAGUGCUUAUUACAAUAUAUGGAAUCUAGAUAACUGUCAGAGAUGAUGACUGGAUGGUCAUUGUGAUUGUUAUCAGUCUGGGCCACUUUUGGAGAACUACGUGUUAAAUGGCUGAAAUGGAAAUGCCUUCUAUCAGUAGUGUUAGCAGUGGCUUGGACACUGCAGCAUUGGUCAGUGAGGACGGUCCUCAUGAUGUCAGUACAGGACGAGGACACGCUCUGGACAGUCCUGACAUGGACGUUCAGGCACAUGUGACCAGUAUAGAUGGGGCACAUGUUAACGCUGGAAGGAAUAAAAUGACCAGUAGACACAGGGGUCAGUGGAGUGUUAGAGGAAGUACAAAUCUCCUAGACUCCUCAGGUGGAGAUGACCUGCCCCCUGGUGUCGGUCAGUAUGAUGACUUCCACACCAUCGACUGGCAGAGGGACAUCACGCGGGACAGGCUGCGCCACCGGAAUAUCGAGAAGAAGAAACAGGAGGGUUUUCUUGAUAAGAUCAAAGGAGCAUAUGAUGCUGGCUCUGGAUGGCUGUGUGUGUUCCUUGUGGGAAUUGCCGCAGGCACCUUUGCUGGUAUAAUAGACAUAGGAACAACGUGGAUGUCUGAUCUGAGGAAUGGUAUCUGUCUUGAAGAAUUCUGGUUUAACAGAGAACAGUGCUGCUGGGCGGCUAACUCAUCUACAGAUGGAGACGAGGCGUGUGACAGGUGGCGGACGUGGGCUGAACUGUUUGGAGAUUUUGCCCCCAACUAUAACCCUGGGGUGUACAUCCUCACCUACAUCAUGUACGUCAUCUGGUCCAUGGUGUUUGCCACAUUGGCCGUGAUGCUGGUGCGUGUGUUUGCGCCGUAUGCUUGUGGCUCUGGUAUUCCUGAGAUCAAGACGAUCCUGAGUGGUUUCAUCAUCCGUGGUUACCUGGGUAAAUGGACGUUGAUCAUCAAGUCAGUGUGUAUGAUGCUGGCAGUAUCAGCAGGACUUAGUCUGGGGAAGGAGGGACCCCUGGUUCAUGUGGCCAGCUGCUGUGGAAAUAUCUUCUCUUAUAUGUUCCCAAAGUAUGGCAAGAAUGAGGCCAAGAAAAGAGAGAUUUUAUCUGCGGCAUCUGCGGCAGGAGUCAGUGUUGCUUUUGGUGCCCCUAUUGGUGGAGUACUCUUCAGUUUAGAGGAGGUGAGUUAUUACUUCCCCCUGAAGACACUUUGGCGUUCCUUCUUCUGUGCUCUUGUGGCAGCAUUUGUGUUGCGUUCCAUCAACCCGUUUGGUAACGACCACCUGGUGAUGUUCUAUGUGGAGUAUAAUACUCCCUGGCAUAUAGUGGAACUCAUACCUUUCAUAUUGAUAGGAGCUUUAGGGGGGUUAUUUGGUGCAUUAUUUGUCAAAGCCAAUGUGUGGUGGUGUAGAAAGAGGAAAACCACCAAACUGGGCCAGUGGCCCAUUACGGAGGUCUUGGUAGUAACAUUAGUGACUGCUGUUUUUGCAUUUCCAAACAAAUAUACAAGAAUGAACACCAGUGAGCUGAUUAGAAUGCUGGUUCAGCAGUGUGGAGUGGAAGAUUUCAACAAUGACUUAUGUGACUACACAGACCAGUCAGUACUCAAUGUCAGUGAUAAUCUUGGUGGAGCAGUGGCAGGAGCUGGUAUUACCAGAGCUCUGUGGAUGUUGGCCUUGGCCCUUGUGUUCAAAGCUAUUAUAACUAUAUUUACCUUUGGGAUUAAGGUACCAGCGGGUCUGUUUAUUCCCAGUAUGGCGGUGGGUGCAAUAAUGGGGCGUAUAAUUGGAAUAGGAAUGGAACAGUUGGCUGUGAGAUGGAGGGAUGCCCCCAUAUUUUCAGAUUUAUGUACAGUCAAUGGUCAGUGUGUCAACCCAGCCAUGUAUGCUAUGAUUGGAGCAGCUGCAGCACUGGGUGGUGUCACAAGGAUGACUGUGUCCCUAGUGGUGAUCAUGUUUGAACUGACCGGUGGUCUCCAGUACAUUGUCCCCCUCAUGGUCACUGUGAUGACCAGUAAGUGGGUGGGAGAUGCAUUUAUCAAACAGGGCAUCUAUGAUGCUCAUAUACAGCUGAACGGCUACCCAUUCCUAGACAGCAAGUUGGAGUUUGAACACACCACCAUUGCUGCAGAUGUGAUGAGACCUAGACGGAGUGACCCUCCUCUUAGUGUCAUUACUCAAGAUACCUUCACUGUGGAUGACGUAGAAACUCUCCUCAGAGAAUGUGAUCACAAUGGUUUCCCAGUGGUGGUCAGCAAUGAGUCCCCAUACUUGGUUGGUUUUGUCAACAGAAAAGAUUUAACUCUAGCCAUCAAUAAUGCUAUUAAUACCCAGGACGGGGUGGUGGCGGCCUCUGUGGUGUAUUUCACCCAGCAUUACACAGAGAAUGUGGUGGUGGGGGGACCACCCCCUGUGAAACUGAGGAAGAUAUUAGAUCUGGCUCCUAUUACUAUAACAGACCAGACCCCUAUGGAGACGGUGGUUGACAUGUACAGGAAACUGGGCUUGAGGCAAACUUUGGUCACACAUAACGGGAAACUCCUGGGAAUAAUCACCAAAAAAGAUGUUCUACGUCAUAUUUUACAGCUAGAAAACCAAGAUCCUGCUUCCAUUCUAUUUAAUUAGUUUAGACUCUUGAAUAGCCAACUGGUUUUUAGCUCACGGUGCUUUAUUACCUCAAAACCAAAUGGAGUAUUCUUGAGCUUUGAUAUUCAAGGUUACUUGAAAAGAAUAGUGAAGAGAAGGUAAAUUCGAUCAAAUAUUUAUUAGCAAAAAGUACGGAAGUCGACGUUUGAGCAAAGAGCAUGCAGAAACAGCUGUCUUUGUGUUUGUUAUAUGUAGAGAACUAGAACUAGCAAAUUGUCGUAAGUUUAGGAAUUCUAGAUAGCACUUUGAUGAAAUGGCAAAGUUGACAUACAAAUUCAUAGACAAAUGGCCUGAAUUGAGACUGUUAAACUAGAAACUUCCAAGAAUGUUCACCUCAUAGCUAACUGUGGACAAAGCUGUUUGGUACAUCACGUGACUAUUUAUACUUAAGCCAGUAAGGAAACAUUAAUUUAAUAUAAAGAAAUGUGUGUAUUUGUUUGCUUGUUUAUUUCUAUUAUGUUAAAAAUAGUGUUUUGGUUUUCAGUUUUAGUAACUUGUCUAAUCUCUUUCUAUCGAGUCACCUUGAUUUUUCUACACAUUCUUUUAGAAUUCAUUUGCUACAAUUUUCAGCUCUGAAUAACCUUGGACAAAAUCAACAUUCCUGAUAUCUGAAGUAGUUGUUUUCUUUGUUUCAUUGCCUAACUAUAAUUAUCAUGUUUUUCAUCUUCUGAACAAGCAUGUUUUUUACCACGAUGGCAUCAUGAUGUGUGUCAUUGCUUCACUUGAUUCAACACACAACUUUAUGUUGUCAAUCUGCUAAUAUUAGACCCUUUUUUUCUGAUAUUGUUUAUUGCACUUAGAAAAAUAUGUCAUCACAGAUCAAAACUUACUUAAUGUGAUGAACUUGUAUUAUCCUCCUGGUAUGUUAAUUUGAGAGUGACUACCUAUUGCUCAACAGAUAUUAUUUUUAUUUACAUUUGUUGUAUUUUCAUUCUGUCUUCUUCUAUAUACGGAAAGCACAUGGAUUUGGUGUACAGAUAAUAUUUCAUACAUGUUUGUAAAUAUUUUGUUUAUUUGGUGUAUAUUUUCUGUUAAGAUGUAUUGUAUAGUUUGAUAAUAACUAAUGUACAGAUGGAUUGACUGGCAUACGCUGAGCUUUUACUUUUUUUGGAAAUUUCGCUUUCACAGUAAUCACUCCAGUGUACAACAGGUGUGGGUUUCUGGGUAUCGAGUCCCUCUCGUAAUUUUCUCAACAGUUUAAGAUUUAGUAGGCUGUGGUGAUUAAAGAGAAAUGCUGAAAUUUUCCCCAAAUUAUUUACUGUGUAAUGGUCUCAUAUGUAUGCCUUGAAUUGAAUGGACUGUAGUAUUGCCAGGCAUACAUACACAUGAAUUAAUUGGAAAAUGAUGAGUAAUCAGAAUAAAUAUGGAUGUGAAUAAAUA